CAACAACAACAGGGGCCAAGACAAGUCAGGAAUGAAUAAACUAUAAAGUGUACUGGUUGUUGUUGGCCACAUAUGUAGCCGCUCCAACGUUCUGGCCGAUCAGAAAUUUUAUAAAUGCCGCCGUCUGUCCAGAGCCGAUUUACAGUUUGCCAUUGAACCUGGUCGUGCGUUCGCCAAAUCAUCGAGCGGUUGAAUUUCGUGCUGCCCUCACCCAUAGAUCCAUAUCCAAAAUGCUGCUGCUCCAGCUUGGCUGCUUGGCCAUGUUCUGCUGCCUGGCCAGCGGUGCCUCCAAUUUCCCUCCCGAACUGCCCCGCUGCCAUACGGGCGACACCAGCUGCAUCAUCAACGUGUCCCACAUGCUCAUCCGACAGCACGCCAGGACCGGCUAUCCGUCCGCAGGAUUCCCCCAGGUGGAGCCCUUCCUGGUCAAGCGCUUCGACAUCUCCGACGGACGCACUGGCUCCCUCAAUCUCAAGCUCAACUUUAAGGACGUGAAUGUGGAGGGUCUGUCCAGCGUGAAGUUCGAUAGAGCUGUUGGCUUCGGCGCCGAUCCUGCAACGAGCAAGUUUGAGAUGUACGGAUCGUUUCCCAAGAUCGUGCUGAAGGGCAAGUACUUGGCGGAUGGACGCAUCCUGAUCCUGCCGAUUCGCGGCGAUGGCGACGCCGAGAUCGUGCUGCACAAUCCCAAGUUCUCGGUGAAGUUCAAGCCGGGCACCCAGGUGCGCAAUGGACGCACCUACCUGAGCGUGGAUAAGCUCAAGGUGCUGGUGGAGCCACAAAAGAUGAACAUUCGGCUGGAGAACCUCUUCAAUGGCGACCAGGCAUUGGGCACCAACCUCAAUCAGUUCCUCAACGACAACUGGACGGAGGUGUGGAACGAGCUGCACCCCUCCAUCCACGUCGCCAUCGCCGAGAUCAUGAAGAGCGUCCUCUCGCAGCUUUUCAAGCGGUUCGCCUACGAGGAUCUCUUCCUGGAUAACUGAUCGAGAACUAGUCGUCCGCCAACCGGCAUGGGCAUUAGGCUAAGUGUACGAGUAUUUCCUCACCAGCUAUUCACACACAUGUGGCGUUGCAUUCCGGCCAUUGACACAUCAUCAUCGUAUCUGCUAAGCUAAGCUUUAACUUGUAGAAUAAACAAACAUCUAAGAAAA